AUGCUGAUACGACCAGUCCACGUGUUCGGCGUGGUGUUUCUGGCCGCAUUUGUGCACCUCGUCGACUCGCAGGCGUUGAACGACCCGAUCACGCAGUACAUCGAGGGAAGGCUCGGCAAUCGACGCAUCUUCUGGUGUCCCUCGGGUUACGGCUACUUGGCAUUCUGCCCACAACCCACCGACUGGGACAACUACAACUGGUGCUGCACAUGGCCCUACAUGGGAUCAUGGAAGCCGUCAUGUUGCCCAUUCGCAAUUCCAACCGGGGCAGUGGUGGCCAUUAUCAUUGCAGCCAUCAUCCUUGUUGCAGUGCUAAUCGGCCUGUCGUGCUGGUGCUGCUACUGCUGUCCGUUAUAUAAGGAGCUGUACGAGUCGCCGUACGACGAU